CUAGUGGACACGCACGGUAGCAUAGCGUGAAGCUCAGCAAUGUCGCUUCGAGGCAACUACGAGGAACUGCGACGUGCAGUGCGCUUGGAGGCACGCAAGCGUGCGCAAUCAUGGCGAUGGCUCUUCAACGACACCCGUGCGUGGCCCAGCUCAGGCGCCAACGCAGCAGCAGUGGUGUGGCACGUGGGGAUGUGCCCUGCUGUGUUUCAGGCAGUGGUGGGUAUGCUAUGGUGUAGGUGGCGGCGGCCGCGGCGGCGCUCAGGCAGAAUGCAAGUGUUUGUGCGCACACUGAGCGGCAAGACGGGCGUUGUCAGCGUGCUGCCAUGCGACCCAGCGGCUGUGCUGCUGCUAUCGACUGCGGCAAACGAAGGCGUGCCGCCGGUUCUCCUGCGACUGCUGUGGCGUAGCCGGCGUGUGCGCUUGCAUCGCAGCUUUGCGGCGCAGGGCAUUUUGCCAGGCAGCACAGUGUUUGUGACCAGCGUGCUGUAUGGCGGCGUUGGGUUCACAGAGGCGGAAGUGCGGCGCGUGUGCGACGCUGUGGAGAAGCUCGCGCGCAGGGACGCGGGUGCAUGCGCGCGCAUGGAGGCUGGGCAGUGGGAGCCGCUUGUGCAAGUGCUUGCGCAUCAGAGCACUGCCUCGCCAGCAGUAGUGGAGGCCGUACUCCGCGAGCGUGCGGCGACAAUUCGAGCGGCAGUGGCGGUGGCAGGUAUCACGCAUCGCAUGUUCGCUGCACGCACUGCAAAGCAGCAGGCUGCGCGAGCAGCGGCGGCCGGGUCGGUAGCAGGCAGCGUACAGGCGAGUGCGGGUGGAGCGCCAGGCACCUCAGCUGUAGGAGCGUCGCCUGCUGCCGGGACCGGGCCUGGGUCAGCAGGUGCAGCGGCGAGCCGCUAUUCGGGCGCAGCUGGGGCGCCUUCAGCAGCCCAGCACAAAGUGAUAGCAGCGCCGGGGGCUAGGCUGGCCAGCGUGCCGCAGCAGCCGCGCACGGUCCGGCAGCGCGCGCAGGCGGAGGCGUUCAAAUCGAUGAUGGGGCAAGGGCUGGAUGAGGGUAGCCGUGCUCAUGCCGCUGCACAGACUUGCACGUUCACCAGGCCCGAGCCGCCUGCGCCACCGGCACCAGCGGCACGGGAGGGGCAGCCGCAGGGGCGUUAUGUCACAGAUGUCAUUGAUGGCAUCGUGGGCGUGCUGCGGCAGCACCGGGAUCUAGCCAGCAUCUUGCACCGCAAAGAGAUGAACAUGCUGCUGCCGGGUGAGUUGAAGCAGCUUGCCGAGGCGCUGCAGCAGCAGCUGCCGGAGAAGCUGCGCAGCAGCUCAGUGCAUGGGAUGGAGACGUGGCUGCAUCACCACGUGGACGAGAUCGAGCUCGCGCUAGCAGGCGUGCCAAACCCCGAUGCGGUGGCAGCAGCUGCCGGUGUGGGCGGAGCAGCCAUGCCGUGGGAGGUGCAGCUGGGCUUGCAGCGUGUUGCGGAGAUGAUGGGGCUGGCCUCCGACGCGGAGAAGCAGCCGGCAGCGGAGGCGUGGCAGGAGCGGCAAUGGCACACGCUAACAGAUUGCAUCAGUGCUACGCGCGCUGCAGCCAGGGUCGCAGGAGACACCGCGGGGGCUGCAGGAGCGGCCGUCAGCACAGGCGGCGCGCAGACCGCCGCUGGUGGCGUGCCUGACAUCGCAACGUCACGCUUGUGUGACGAUGCCGCUGCAGCACAGGCGAUGCGCCAGCAGAUGGCCGCGGAGUUGCCGACGCAGCCGUGUUGCGUAUGCGGUCGCCGCCGGCGUCAGCGCGAUGUUCAUUGGCAUCGUGUCUCGGGAUUGCGGGAGUGGCUCGACGAGCAGCUUAGCGUGAUGCUGCCGGGCACAGCAGAGGCGCCGCGGGAUGGCAACACGCUGUGGGCUCCGCCGACAUCGGCCGAAGCUGUGGCGUUGCUGGCGGGUGCCACGGGCGCUGCGUCAAUGCCAGAAAUUACGGAGCGCGUGAUGCGCGAGGGCCCAGCCUCAGGGCGCACGGUGUAUCGGCUGCAGGCGCAUCCUGCGGCGGGCACAGUGCAGCUGGCCGCAGAUGGCGAUCACCAGCUGCGUGUGUGUGUCGAUUGCAUGCGGGCGCACCAGCAUGGGCAUCUGCCCCCACUGUCGUACGCGUGCGUUGACAAUGGGUUGCGGCCCAGCCACCUACCGCAGCUCACGGUGAUGGAGGAGCGGCUGGUGGCAGUGUGGCGGCCGCUCCGUAACCUGAUGGUGUGUCGGCCGCCAGCAGCGGGCGGCGGGCCGGGGCAUUGGGAGAUGCGCGCGCACGUGAUUGCGUUCAAGGCGCCGGAGCCGCAGCAGCUGGCAGCGGUAUUCCCGUGCAGCCUGGCGCGCGUGCCUGAGUGCAUAACAGUGGUGUUUGUGAGCCCGGCACAGACGUACCAGCAGCUGGAGGCGUUGGCGCGCCGCGUGCCCGCGCUGAUGGUGCGGGGCAAAGUCGUCGCGGCCUGGGCGCGGCACUUGGCAGCUCUGUAUCCCAGCGCGCGCCUGGACGAGGCGGCCGUGCAGGAGUGGGAGCGGCAGCCGCCAACAGCGGUAGCGGAUACUCUCGCGCGGCGCGCCGUCUGCACGCAAACCCAAGGCGAGGCAUCGGCGCUGCUGCGGACUUUGCGGGCGGAACAGGAGGGGUAUGCGCGCGCGCGGUACGGUACUGCAGAGGAAGCUGCAGCUAGAGGGGCGAGUACAGCAAUGGCGGUGGCCGUCAACAGCGACAGCAGCAGCGGCUCGGACAGCGAGGCCAUCAUUGUGCAGCAGUCGCUUGCACGGCCGAGCCGGAAGCGGUCCAGGUUGCUGUCUGCCGCGCACAUGCAGCGGCUGCUGUGUGGGCUGGAUCGCGACGCGAGCGUGGCGGUGCGGCAGUUGCUUCUGGCCCACAACUUCAAGGCUGCUGCUACAAAGCUGCUCCGCCACCACGGCGGCGCACCAACCAAGGAGGCGGUGACGCAGAUGCAGGCGAAUGCGAGUGGCAGCACGCGCCCGCUGUCACGCCCGCCGGCGGGCGCACCGCUGCCGCCAGGCAGCUUGUUCGUGGUGCACGAGCCGCAGGCACUGUCGCCGGUGCAACGGGAGCACGGUGGGCGACGGCCGCAGUCUCUUCCAGCACUGCCUGCAGAAGCCGCACAGCGUGCAGGCGCAGCAGCACCAGCAGCGGCGGCGGCAGGGGCGGAGGUGGCGGCAGCAUUCAGCAGCUGCGGUCAGAACGUGACACAUAUGCAGGGCAUAGACGACGUUGACUUGUCGCCAACGCCAGCAGAUUCGCCGGCGUUGCGCGCGGUGUUUGAGGACGCCUGCGCCGACGAGCGCGCCCUGCAGCUGCUGCUGGACGGAUGGCCACUCGCAUCAUGCACGGAGCAGGCCCCGCAGUCGGACUAUCAGCCGGAGUGGCCACUGCGCGUGCACGUGAAUCGGUUUCCUAACGGCACGGGCGCAUGCCCGGCCGGCAUGCAGAUGCUCAGCUGGAUCCAGCUGCAGCUGCAGCGAUGGUACCCACCAGCGCCGGACGGCACCGAAGACUGCAGCGCCCAGGCACCACACUUCAUUCUGGACAUGUUUGACGCGUGGCAGCGGCACACGGUCAACCAGCAGGUGGCGGUGCGCUUCAAGCUGGACCCGCAGCUCAUCAUGAGUCUCGGCGACAUGGGGCCGGACACGCUGGUGGAGGCAGCGGACGUGCUUGCAGCAGGCCUAUCACGGACGGAGCAGGCCCAGCGGCUACACGGAUCGCCACCGGAAGUGGAGCAGCUCGUGCGUGGAGCGCGCAUCACGGGCGCCCAUGUGGUGGGCUCGCCUGGCUCCUAUGCAGCGCUGCGCAGCCGCGCGUACGGGCUGUGGGCUGCGUAUGGCCCACCCAGCGCCACUGUGACGCUCAACCCCGCAUCGGUGCACUCAGAUGCCACGUUCACGCUGAUGGGGCGUCCGUACACCUUCGACGUGCGGACAGGCGCGCCGCAGCAUCGGCCCAUGGCCGCGGAGCGGUGGGACCUGGUGGCCGGGCACCCGCUCGCGUGUGCCGAGUCCUUUGAGGCGUUCAUGGACGCGUUCUGCGACGUGUUCCUCGGGUGGCCAGCAGGGUCAGAUGUGCAGCAACGUAGCAACUGCCUGUUCGGGCGCGUCGACGCCUUCUUCUUCAAGUUCGAAAUGAAUCAGCGCGGAGAGCUGCACGUGCACGGCUGUAUCUGGCAGCCCGGGCUGCAGCCAGCACGCCUGCGAAAGGCGCUAGCGGACCCGCGGAAUUGUCCCGACGUGCUGGACUUCCUGGAGUCCGUGCAGACGCAGUGGUUCGCCUCGCCGCUGCUGUUCAGCGGCGGCGAGCGACCGGUCCACGCUCAGAAGCUCAGCACCGAGCAGCUGCAGGAGGUGGCUGAGGCGGCUGGCAGCGAGCGCUUGACGGAGCUGCAGCGGGACAUUCUCAGGGAGGUGCUGGUGGAGGUGAAGGCCAGGGGGGCCAUGGAAGACGCAGCCGUGUCUUGUCGGCCGCCUCUACAAUGCAGCAGUUUGACUGAGGCGGAGCGGCUCGGGUUAUUUGCUGCGCACGCGGUCCUGGAGACGCUGCUGCACGCCCAUCGCGAUGGCACGUGCACCACGUCACACAGCAAGCAUGCCACGGACAGCAACUGCCGCAUGCGGCUGCCUCGGAUGCUGCACUGGCUCACCACGUACCUGCACGAGCAGUCGGUGUGCGUGCACCUCAAGCGGUAUGGCCGCUACAUGGUCUCGCAUAUGGUGGCCCUGCUGCUGGCGGUGCCUUGCAAUCACACCGUCACGUUUGCGUGUGACGUGGGGCGCUGGCUGCGCACGCGCGAGCUAUGGGAUCAGCGGCACGAGGGCAUUCCGCGCACGGACCCUGUGUGGGAGCGGCGGCCGCAGCUGCCCAGCCUUGAGCAGCUUGCCGCGGACGCAGCGGACUAUGCCCUGAAGUAUGCCACCAAGUCUGAAGCAGUGCAGGGCAGCAGGGCCCUUAUAGCCGCAGCCACCAUGCUGCGGCGGCGCAUGCACCUCAUGACGCCAGAGCAGCAGGCCGGGAUUGAGAGCGAGCACCUGCCCAUCCAGGACGUGCUGGAUCAGCUACGGCAUCCCUUCGCAGCCUUUGCGGACGCCAGCGCCUCUGCCUGGGCGCCCCGGCCUCCUACUGCAGGUGUGUCAGCUGCAGGCGAGAGCAGCACGCCGGCACAGGCGCAGUUCACGGCGGAGGUGACGGCGCGCGCACAGCAGUCCGCGACUGUGGCCGCGCUGCGCACUGCGCGGCCUGUCGGCGCGGCUGCGGUGCAACGGGAGGGGAUGUUCAACCUUGCGCACGCCAUCAACCUGUUAACAGCCCAGCAGACGUUCUCCGCUCCAGCAGCGGCGCUGCUGCUGAUGCGGGGCACCGACGCGCACGAAAGCCACCAGUUCAGGGCCAUCGAUUACAGGAUGUUCUCGCAGCAUGUGCAGUCGCAGCUGAAGCGCGCGGACCCGGAGCUCAGGCCCAGAGACACCCAGCUGCGGCUCGUGUGUACAAUGGGCAGCGUUGGAGCGGGCGGGAGUCCGACAGGGGAAGGCCAGCUUCCGGCCGCCAGCACAAUCGCUAGCGAUGUCCCAGAUCCCGGGCCCAGCGGAAGCGUACAGCAGCUAGAGCAGCCCGCCGUCGCACCUGCUCGUUACCGGUCAUCAAGCUACCUGAAAGAUUACCUGUACCGCGGCGAGGCGCUGCGCGAGCUGUCUCCUAUGAUGAUGGCGAUGUUGUUUUAUAAGCACUCGGCCGGGCCAGAUGGAGCGCAAGGGCACCAUCUGCGCUUGCAUCCCGCGCACCCAGAGUACAGUAAAUGCGUGUGGCGACGCCGGCUGCGGCCGUACGUGCCGCAGCCGGUGUGUGACCCCGUUGUGCGGCCUGCGGACGGCGUGGGCGAUCCGCAGGUGCUGGAGCGCUAUGCAGUGUUUGCGCUCGCGAACUUCGCCGCCUACAGCUGUGACGACAUGCUCGAUCUCAGCAACGGCGCAUGGGCAGCUUAUCAGCGGUGCUUUGCACAGCCGGCGGAUGGCCAGUCGCUGCAUGUGCGCAUCGCGUGUCGUAUGCUUGAUCACGUGGAUGGGCUUGCGCGCGUGCGAAUGCGGGCGGAGGAGCGGCGGCAGCUGCAGGCGGAGGCGGAGGGCACCGCUGAGGAUGUGGCAGAGGAGGCACUGUUGGAGGGCGUGCCGUUGGAGGGCAUGGACGACCUGGAGGCAGAGCCGCAGGAUGAUGAGGAACCCGAUGUUAGGCGCAGCGCAGCGCCCGCAGCGGAGCUCUGGCAGGGUUGUGCGCUAUCGGAGACGGAACGCGCAGGGCUGCUGCAGCGCAUUGUGCACGGCGGCCUGGGUGGCGGUCUGACUACAGAGGCGACCACCGUGGUUGCCCAGAUCCCGCGCGCCAAUGCAUGGCCAGCGGUUGGGCGUACAGCGGCGGCAGCAGUAGUGCGCAGCACGCAGGAGUGGACACACGAGCGGCUGGCUGCAGCACAGCAACGCAUGCAUGAUUACGACCUAGGCGGGCAGUACGCCGCACAGGCACUCGCGCAGGCGCAGGGAGCAGUGCAGCAGCAGCUGCUGCUUUACAACAGCGGCACUGCAGCAGUGACAGCGAAGCUGGUGCUCAUCUCGCCAUUGGCGGUUACCACAGCCGCCCCAGAGGUGCAGGGCGUCUGGCCCGAUGCAGCGAACCCUGGUGCAGAGCCGCCGUACGUGCUUUGCCCGGAGGACUCGCAGCCGACGCCUGAAGACACAGCGCGGUUAUGGAACCUCAGCGAUGACCAGCAGCAGGCGUUCAUGCUGUACGCGCAGCUCCUGCUAGCAGAGGCCGCCGGCGUCCGUCAGCCCCCCGUGUGCUCGGUGCUCACGGGCAAAGCCGGCAGCGGCAAGUCGCGGGUGCUGCAGGCAUUGCUGUGGUUUGCAUAUCAGCACCGCUGCGAGUCUCUCAUUGCCCUCGUGAGCUACACGUGGCGCGCUGCGCUGCAUUUGCCACAGCCACGGCACGUGCCGCUAUAUAGCGGUGCUGCGGAGGAGAGCUUGCGGCAGCUGCUGGCGCCGGGCGCGGGGGACGGCGGGGCCAUGGAGCGCCAGAUCCGGCAGCUGGAGCAUCCGGAGGGCAGCAUGAACCUCAUGGGGCGGGAGCUGUGGAAUAUGGUGCCGUUCGCGUUCGUUCUCACUCACCAGCAUCGGCAGCAAGCAGGCGUAGCUCGUGCAGCUGCAUGCGCUCGCGCAGCGUCAGCAGCUGCUGCUAUGGCGUAGCGCGGACUUGUCGCCGGACGGGAGCAGCUUACCUAUUUCGCAUGUGCAUCAAUUAGAGGCGCUUGGCGGGGCCGAGGAUGAUAGCGGUGUGCCCGCUGUGUGCGCAUUCUUUGCUGGCAUUCGUUACGUGUUUACAUCAAAUGAGCAUGUGCGUCUGUAUCACAUCAACAACAACAGUGCCACAGGCACCGGCAUUGUUCUGCAUCCCAACGAGCCACCAUUGCCAGAUGCAAGCAUUGCCCCCGUGCAUGUCCUCAAGUUCGUGCCCUCGGCUGUAAUGGUGCGCCCCGACGGGCCUGAUGCGGGUCGGGUGUCUGUCGAUCAGGCCCUGGAUGUCGGGGAGAUUCCUGUUUUACCGUGCAGUGCUAUGUUCACAUCGCAGCAUGCAACCCUGCGGUUGCCUGUGAUGCGCUGGGGCUUUCGUGUGGAGCUUGCGUAUGCAGUCACCGAUUACUUUGCGCAGGGGCAAACUCUGCCAGCGCACGAACUGUGGCUGGUGGAUAUGUGCAAACCGCAGCACGGCAGUUGGCGGCGGGCUUCAAUUUACGUAAUGCUCACCAGGUUUCGUGGGUUGCAUGCCUUACAUUUAGUGCGUCCGCUGUGGGCCUCGCGGGCCGAAGAGCGCCGGCUUAAAAAGGCGCUGCGUACCAUGCUAACGCCCGAGGCAGAUCUAGCCGCGGAAUGGCAGCGGCUAUUGAGGCUCUCGCAGAGCACAGCAGUAGCAGUGCCAGUAGUGUUUUUAACAUGCGCGAGGUGUACUGACAGAUGACCUGGAAGCGUGGAGUACCUUGUGGGUGGUGAGUGCUGACUGCAAUUUACAGCAGUGACUUUCUUGUUGGUGUUUGGUGUGGUGACCAUCAUGCUUGGCUUCGCUGGCUGGACGUAUGUCACUGAGCUACGUUCGGGUUUAGUUUCUACCUGUCCUGUCUCUGCGUGAAGCCGGGGUAUUGUUUAUCUGCUUGCUUGUCGUGCGUUGGAUUGUUGUGUGUUUACAACAGGUUGAUGUGUGGCGUGGUUAAUCCCUUGCACUUUGAGGAGGUUAUUGUUAGCCAGCUGGUGUUCGCACAGGAGGUUGGUGGUCGAUGAACAGUCGACCGACAGAUGGAUCGCGGGAUUUGUUUUUGGCAUUUACCGCUUGGAUUCUAUUCGCAACGUAGCUCGGAAUACACGCUUAAUAUGCAUAGUUAGAAGACUUCGGGGACGCAAAUCGCUCGGAAAUGGAGGAGGGUCUCAAUAUGCUCGGCUCGCGAUGUCGCGCUCUUGAGCUUGUAUUAUGCACUGUGCGCAAUGCGCGUUCAGCAUGCAUAUUCUUACGAACAACUAGGGACUUGAGUGACGCGGUGUGAAAAUCAGUCGGGGUCUCGACAUGCUUGGCUCGCCAUUUCGCGCUCCCGAGCUCGUUGUGUGUGUUCCGAACAAUGCACGCUCAGAAUUACAUGUUCAAUAUGUCCGUCGCGAUGUUCGAGCUUGAAAACCGACAAGCAUGGUGUAUAGAUACACCUGGUAGCCUGAAUUCCUGUGUUUUUGGUGUAUUUUGUUGAUGUUGCAUCACGCCGUGCCUUGUCACAUUCAUGUUUUUUGUACCGGCGUGGCCUUGUUUGUAAAUUUCGCGGCGC